UGUUUGUCUCUGUCUGCCUCUGUGUCUGUCUUUGUCUGUGUCUCUCUGGGGGGAGCAAGGUGAGGUCACCGAUUCCGUCUGUUAAUGACCUUUAUAUACCUUCCUCAUGUUCUUCGCUUUCUUUCUCCUGAUUUUUUACUUUUUUUUUUUUUUUACUUCAACAGGCUUAACCACAUACCAAGGAGUGCAAAUAAGCCCAUUCCACCAAUUACCAAUAUUGGUGGAGCUGGGCCUGGGGGAGGGGUUGCUGGAGGGGGGGGUGGAGGGGGAGUUGGGGCAUUACCGAACACCGGCUCUCUACCAGAUUUGACACAGGUGCAGCAUCUUCAUUUGAUGACCCCUCCCAUGCCUGACACAGAUAUAGUGAAUGUGUCAAGUUUAGCGGGAUCACCAGGUCUCGGGUCAGGUUUCCUGACAGGAGGACUCAGUGAGUCAUACGGCAGCGGACAGCCCUCAUCACGUGGCACGUCCCCAGGACCAUCCCCGUCCCUUACGCGCAAGCAGAAGCCGAAGCCAUACCAGCCCUUACCUGUAAAUCGUGGAGCCCAUCAUGCCCAGAGCAAAAAUCAUUUGUCUGUCCCUACUGUAAUUAAUGCACGCUACCUCCAUACAUGUAAGGGAAUGACGGUAGACAACAGUAGCACAACUGUAGAUACACACCAAGCUAAUUCGGGCUUGAAUAUUUAUGGACAGCCGUUAUCACCCAGCGGUUCUCAUCCUGCCAGUCCGAAUCACCUCUCCUUCAUGGAAUAUAGAAAUCCCGUUAGUCCUCAGCUAAGUCCCAGAAGUUCACCUGGACCUUGCCAUCCACGACAUACUGGCGGGUUAGGAAGUUAUAGCAGCAACAGCCCAAGUGACUCGAGGAGUGCACCCCCGUCCCCCAGUGCCCCCCAGGCUUCACCUGUCUCUUCCCCUGGGGUUACCCUCUCAAAAACCCCAUUCAGUUACGAGUAUAAUACACAAACACACGCACAAACCAAUCAGCUCAACCAGCAAUUUGAGCAGUGUAAUAUGAUUGACAAUUCACCAGGUUCAAGUAGUAGCUAUGCAUCAAGUGGGAAUGGCAAUCUUCAGCAACAGACAAGAAUGGACAUGAGCUUGGAGAGUAGUGGGGGCAGUGGAUAUGUUAGUAAUACAACUUCGUCAAGUCCGAGUGGGCCGCCACCAGCCUAUCACAUCUCAACCAGCCAAGCACACUCCCAGACUCUCUCACAAAAUGUCUCACAAUCCAUUUCACAAUCCCAUUCCCAGCCAACUGGUCCCCCUCCACCAUAUCCCCUGCCUAGUCCAUCAUCACCAGCACAUCAUCAACAGCAGCAGUCACAUCAGCACCACCAAAAUCAACAACUUCAGCACCAGCAACAUCAGCAACAGCAGCAACAACAACAGCAACAACAACAGCAACAACAACAACAGCAGCAGCAACAGCAACAACAACAACAACCACCCUCCCACGCCUCAGACGCCUCAGACACCAACUUCCAUUCCGAGAGUUAUUCUUACAGCUCAUGUGUAGCAAACCUAGGUGCCUCUAAAGUAAAUCAACAAAUGCCUAAGAUUGUUUUCCAAGGCACUGACACAUUUCAUUUACUUCUGACAGCUGAAUGGAGACUGCUGGUUGUACUUGAAGCAAGAAAAUUGCAGGAUACUGGAGAGUUCUUAAGUGCUCACAUAAACCAAAAUAAUUUUAUAUUGCUCUUUUUUUCAUUGGAGUAUAACUUAGAAAUAAGAGUACAGGAUAUAAUUGAAAUCUUGACCUACCAACAACAGUGUUUGGAACCUUAUUUGUGUUGCCACAAGUGGCCUCUUUGGUGUAGUGCCAUUGCUGUUAUCUUUGUUGUUGUUUACUCAUUGCAAAUGAGAAUCCACUUUUCAGCUAGACUAACUACAUCACAUCCUGAGUUCAAUAGCAUACUGGCCAGGGAGUUGAAAGUUUAA